CUGAAUAUGAUAAAAGUUAUAACAAACUUCAUAGUGAAACUAGCAAGCUAGUAACUAAAUAUAUAUUUGCAAAAAUGCUUGAACUAGCAUUUAUUAAAAUUUAUACUCCCAAAAUAAUUACCAAUACUUAUAAAUAG